GACUGUCAAAAUAUCUAACAAGAAAAUAAAUCCGCACCGAAUAUUCUUCUGGAUGGAUGUCCUAAAGGCAGACACAGACCGGCGCUCACCCCUCCUCUCUCGCCCGACGUCCGGCAGACGACCAAUCUCGCAUGGAAGUGUCCGAGCACAGACGUCAGACUCUACUCCAGGUCAUCUCGGUGCUCGCGCUGCUCUGUCUCUUCUCCUCCUUCGUGCUGUUUGUGUGCGCGGCUCACGUCAAGCAGACCAUCGACUCGCGCAUCGCGCUCAUUGAGACCUACGACAGCAACGCUCUGCCCGGGCUCUUCCUGUUCAUGGGCGUGGUCAAUCUGGUGCAGAACUUGACCUGCUUUAUCGUCUGCUACCGAUUGCGUGACGUCGAAAACAGAGAACGCCUGAUGAAGACCCUGCUCCCUAUCCUGAUCGGCGGAAUAAUCCUAGCCCUGUUUGAGGUUUCCUCUGCCAUCGCGUCCUUCGUUCACGUCGGAAUUCUGGAAGAAGAGUUCGGGGACGGGCUCAGGAAAGCGAUGGAUCAGUGAGCACUGGAGAGGGGACAGCGACAGACGGAGAAGUAACAACAUCGGCAGAGCAAGAGGAGGAGGGGGAGUCCGGGGAGUCCGAGGAGUCUGGGAGUUCUCACGUCGGAGACAGCAGUAGCAACAAGAUCAUGCCCGGCACAUCCUCGUCCUUGCGUGUCUCCAAAAGACAGGGUCGCCACACUGAUACAGAGCGAGGGACAGUUGAAGAGGCGGACACAGACACGGGAUCUGACGAUUCGUCUUCUUCACGCAGUAAGGGAAGGUCUGGUAGAAAAAAAUCGAUUGCCAGAAGAAAGUCUAGAGGAUAUCUCCUGAGCGAAAGUGUCUUGUCUACCAGACAUGACUCAAACCACAACCAUAACGUGUCUGCCAAAAAUAACAACGCAUAUCCCAGACUACUCUAUCCCCCGGACUCGAGUCCUAACCUCGGCAGUAAGAAUUCGCCGAUCUACAAGUCAGGAGGUGGUGGUUUCUUGCGAGGAGCUGUCUCUGUCCUCAGGACGGCCACAGACGCUUUGAAUGUGCGAGGUUUUAAGAGACAGCGUUAUAAGGGUAGUCUGGGCGCGUCUUACAAGUACCGUCCUCUACAGGCGGGUGGGGAAAGUGACGGAGACGAUGCGCACGAUGUCUGUUUUGUUCCUGACGUCAGGAGUGACGAAGAGAGAGUAAAUAAAGAGAGCAAUUUGCAAGGAUUGAACGGAAGGCAGACGACACUGCGUCAGGUAAACGCUGGAACCACGACAUUUUCUUCUAGAAAUAUUGAUUUUGCUGAUGAGGCAGCUUCACAAAGGUACAAAACACACUCAGCUGAGAUUCGUAACCUUGACUCAACACCCAAAAAUAUAUCGAAAGACAAUACUUGCCGUAUAUCACUUGACCAGGGACACAAUUUUGUUAACGAUCUAAUCGAGAUACAAGAAAACACGCCAAGCUUUUGCUCCCGUCAAGAGCGACCAAAGAUUGCCCGGACGAAUUUGACAGUGAGUGCAGACAGUCCACACUGGCGCGGUUAUACUUGGACACAAGAGUCCCCAGCUACUUCCUGCCCUGUGCCUGUGCUCCCAGAGACACCCGGGGAGGAACACACUUACUCACCAGUGUACCUAACAAAAGAUGAAAAAUCUCUUUUGCACAGCUUUAAUAAAAGAAAACAGCAUUCAGCUGAAAAAUCAUCAGAUAUUUCCAAAAUUUCGAGAAUGGGGCCUCCUACGUUUUUAUCUCUGACGUCUCAGUGUACCGGAAGCUACGGACAGACUUUGUCACCCUUCAGCAGCCCCAAAUGCCCCACAGGUUUUAGAAGACCUCCCCAAAACGAGAGGAAUUCUUCUCUGCGACAGGCACCGACUGGUACUGCCAACGAAAGUGACGUGUCAAGCGAAUACAGCGAGCCUGAACUAGAAGGACACUGUUUUUCCACUCUUAACAAACCCAGCACUUUUAACUCGGACUUUUCGGGACCAGUGCAAUAUAAAGAACACUCAAGAUACCAACAUCGGAAAGAAGCAAACACAACCACAGAUUCAUCUGAGGCUGUUAGCCUUGAGGUAAUCCACAAGAAACCCCCUUGGUCUGUAAAUAGACGUCUCGAGUCACAAAGUCUUUACAGGCAGGAUUCAGCUCUGUGGAAACAGGAGCCGACUAUCAACACAAACGCCAACAAUGUCAGGUCGCUGACAGAACUGAGGAAGGGUAGCCACAGACACACACUGGACAGUGAGGUAAAAGAAAACAACGACAGCCUAACUCCCCACCGACAGACCCAGCGUACAAAGCCUCAUCUUCCUCGUGCCUUAACAUAUCCCGAAACAGCAUCGAACAUUCCUGAAAUGCGUGCUAUAGAGAGAGAUAACUCUCUUAGUCUUCAGACUUCUCCGUAUAAAAAUGUCACAGUAGAUGGUAAACAAGGCCGGUCUUCACAACAUUGUGACCUGGAAAGCAAGGAACAUGAGACUUUCCAACGGAGUGGAGUUGAUAACAAACGUCGGGGAGGAAAUGAAGUCGUCAGCGACAUUUCCCCCCUGCGUGAUCCCCUGAACGUAACCACUUUUCUGGUGGCGUCCGAAGCAAUGAGGUCCCGUUCUGUACCUCUAACACAACAGUGUCUUGGGCGCCAGUCAGACACAGCAAAGUCUGUCUUUGGCGGACCUGCUUGCAGAAACAGUCCUCACGUUCUCAGAAGAAGCCCUGCUACUUAUAGCCGCAGCUUAGACUCGAACCCAGGCGAAGAACGCAGCCCAAAAUCAAGAUUACUGUCACGCCGUGGAGAGGAUUCAGGGAGUGGACGCGACACGUCGUCCUACAUUCCGUCAUGUUAUAGGAGAGAACAGCGGGCGUCUCAAGGAAGUUCUCCCAAACAUCCGCGCGCGUCGCCGCUGCUGGAGCCAACUUGUUCCGAGACCAAGUCGUAUUUCGCCUAUCUGUAGAUGAGGGUAGACGUGCAGACGAUUUGCCAGCAAU